AUGUGGCGCCUUUACACGACCACAAACCUGAAGCUUGUUGACCCCACCGCACGUCGCCUCGAGAACUUUUGGUGGCAGGUCAUGGGCAGCGACAGGAGUAAACUCAGGGCCGAUACUCUAGCCAAGAUCUGGGAACACAUCUCGUAUGGCCCAACUUUUGUGCCUCUCAAAGGCUCGCCGAACCGUUGGGAGGGGCCUGCGACACCCCGUUUCAAUAGCCAGCAUGAGUCUGACGUACUGUACAAUGCACAGCAGUCAAGUCAGGACGUUAAGCUGAUUUCUGACCAGUCGGCGAUUAAGGAGCUGUCUGCUUCUUCGUCUCGGCCCCCGCCGCCGCACCCGAUUUUGAAGAAGUCUAGGGGCGAUUCAAAGUCCGGACCGCGUCCAACGGCUCGAUUCGUAUCGCCGCAUGAAUCCGCUGACGAGGAUUUCAAAACCAGCGAGGGAACGUCCUCGGGGAGCACCAGCGGGUUGGAAAUGCGUGUUGCAGCUGCGGCAUCGCCGGCGAAAUCGAACAAGAAGAAGCCUUCAACCCCGACGAAACGUUUCGUUGCUUCGGCAGCUAACAAGAGGAGACCUGUUCUUCCCAGAAGACUGAGCUCUCAGUCUUCAACUAAUUCUGAUGUCAUGACUAAGGACGUCGGCUCUGCAAACGGAACUAAACACGUUGGCAGUUACAACGUUGUUCACCCUCAUGCUGAGACAGCUAUCCAGAAUUCGUCCAUCUCCGAGGGCAUCGAACCUCCCCCAAGCGCGAAAUCCUUGGGCAAGCGACCGGCGAACCGCCCGCAUCACGAAACUCCGAACCCGCUGAAGUCCCCGCCGAUCAUCGAAGAACGACGGAAGCCAGUCAUUGUGCAGACAGCGAGUCGUGCACCGGCCCCAGCGCCGCUGUCCAAGUCUGUGACAGAAAAGGCAGUGCAAGAGCCAGGCAGGCCAAGAAACGAGGGGCCCAAGACUCCUACCUACGCCCCGAUCACAUCGCCGGGACUGUCCUCGCCCAGAAUUGGUUCAUUUUCAUCAUCGCGUUCCGCAUUCUCUGCUCCAAGGAUGGAGAGGACCUCGUCGAACUCCGAAACGUACCGACCCCGAGAGGCCAGCAUUGGACGUGGGCCUUCUCAACUGGGACUGAUUUCAGGCGCCACGGCGAAGACGUCAACGGUGGCUGCCGUGGGUCACGUAUCGAUAUCGGGCGACCCCGACAAGCGCGCCAUGGAAGCGCUGAGCACCUUUGGGGAUGACGAGCCCAGGGGCACUCCGAGACGGACCUCUUCCUCGACACAUUUCACACCGACCAUGCCCAGCGCAACCCCCGAGGUCCCACUGGCCCGUACGAGGAGUCAGUUGACGCUCCUGCUAGAGCGAGAGAAGGAACGCCUCGGUGACAGGCCAAGACAACGGUCGUGA